AUGAGAGCAGCUGAUGGACUCCAGCGGAAAUCUCCCUGGCUCGCAGCGGGUACAGCCAGAACUCUCCUCGGGUGGAACGAAUGGCUCUCGUAUGACAUCUACCUCAUUGACAUCCCACGUGCUGCCCGCCUCUGUCUCUCCAUCUGCUCUGUCAAGGGAAGGAAAGGGGCCAAGGAGGAACACUGCCCAUUGGCCUGGGGCAACGUCAACCUGUUUGACUACAUGGACAACCUGGUAUCAGGGAAGAUGGCCCUGAACCUCUGGCCGGUGCCUCAUGGACUAGAGGAUCUCCUGAAUCCCAUCGGUGUGACAGGAUCCAACCCUAACAAGGAAACCCCGUGCUUGGAGCUGGAGUUUAACUGGUUCAGUAACUCGGUGAAGUUCCCCGAUGCUGCAGAGAUAGAGGAACACGCAAACUGGAGCAUGUCCAGGGAGCUGGGUUUCAAUUACUGCCUGGUAGGGCUGAGUAAUCGCCUGGCACGAGACAGCAAUCUAACAGACAGUGAUAUCGAGCAGCUUCGCAAUAUCUACAACCGUGACCCACUGUCUGAGAUCACAGAACAGGAGAAGGACUUCCUGUGGAGACACAGGCAUUACUGUGUCAACAUACCCGAGACGCUGCCCAAGUUGCUGCUAUCUGUGAAGUGGAACUCGCGUGAUGAGGUGGCUCAGAUGUAUUGCCUGCUGAAAGACUGGCCACUUAUUAAACCAGAGCAGGCACUUGAGCUUUUGGACUGCAACUUCCCUGAUCCAGUGGUGCGAGAGUUUGCAGUGAAGUGUUUGGUUAAAGGGCUAACUGAUGACCGUCUCUCUCAGUACCUCAUCCAGCUGGUUCAAGUCCUGAAGUACGAGCAGUAUCUGGAUAAUCCACUGGGCAGGUUCCUGCUGAAGAAAGCCUUAACCAACCAGAGGAUUGGCCACUUUUUCUUCUGGCACCUGAAGUCGGAAAUGCACAACAAGACAGUGAGCCAGAGGUUUGGCCUGCUGCUGGAGUCUUUCUGUCGAGCCUGUGGCAUGUACCUGAAGCACCUGAUUCGGCAGGUGGAGGCAAUGGAGAAGCUCAUCAAUCUAACCGAUAUCCUCAAGCAAGAGAAAAAGGAUGAGACCCAGAAGAUGCAGAUGAAGUUCCUGGUGGAGCAGAUGAGUCGACCAGAUUACAUGGAGGCUCUGCAAGGAUUCAUCUGUCCACUCAACCCCGUGCACCAGCUAGGCAACCUGAGGCUGGAAGAGUGCAGGAUCAUGUCCUCAGCGAAGCGGCCCCUUUGGCUGAACUGGGAAAACCCGGACAUCAUGUCGGAGCUGCUCUUCACCAACAACGAGAUCAUCUUCAAGAACGGGGACGACCUGCGACAGGACAUGCUGACGUUACAAAUCAUUCGAAUCAUGGAGAAUAUUUGGCAGAACCAGGGCCUGGAUCUCCGGAUGCUGCCCUAUGGGUGCCUGUCGAUAGGUGACUGUGUGGGUUUGAUUGAGGCGGUCAGGAGUUCUCACACGAUCAUGCAGAUUCAGUGCAAGGGCGGCUUGAAGGGAGCUCUGCAAUUCAACAGCCACACGCUGCACCAGUGGUUGAAGGACAAGAACAAAGGAGAGGCUUACGAUGCUGCAAUUGACUUAUUCACACACUCCUGCGCCGGUUACUGUGUGGCCACAUUCAUCCUGGGGAUUGGAGACCGACACAACAGCAACAUCAUGGUGAAGGAUGAUGGCCAGCUAUUUCACAUCGAUUUUGGCCACUUCCUCGAUCACAAGAAGAAGAAGUUUGGCUACAAACGAGAGCGCGUGCCUUUUGUUCUGACACAGGACUUCCUCAUUGUCAUCAGUAAGGGUGCUCAGGAGUGCACCAAAACCAAGGAGUUUGAGCUGUUCCAGGAAAUGUGCUACAAAGCGUACCUUGCCAUCCGACAGCACGCCAACCUCUUUAUCAACCUGUUCUCCAUGAUGCUAGGCUCCGGUAUGCCCGAGCUGCAAUCCUUCGACGAUAUCGCCUACAUCCGCAAGACCCUGGCUCUGGACAAGAUGGAGCAGGAGGCCCUGGAGUAUUUCACCAAGCAGAUGAACGAUGCCCACCAUGGCGGAUGGACCACCAAAAUGGACUGGAUCUUCCACACCAUUCCACAUGCCCUGAAUGGCCAGUCGACCAGGGGAGUCGGUGCAGACUGCAUGUUCUCUGAAGUCAGUGGCCCUGCAGGCAAGGGACCUGUCGUUUUAUUGACUUGAAUUUGAGUUACCUUGGACACCAGGCAACAUUCCUACCCUGGGGAUUGUCUGUAACCAAUCUCUUUCUAACACUAUCUUAUUAACCUCUGGUUACCAACUAGGAGUUGAACUCUGAAUUGGGUCUGGGUGAAAUUUUCUUUCCUCUCUUUUUUUCUUUCUCCCAUUUUUCUCUUCCCUUUUUCCCCUGUCUCUCACUCUUCCUCCCUUUUUCCUUUUUAUUUGUCCUUUUUCCCGUCUCCCUUCUCUCUUUAUCUCCUUUUUUUUCUCAUCUCUCCUUUCUUCUCGCUGUCUCCUUUCUCUCUUUCUCUCUUUCUGUCUCUGGAAGAUGGACAGUUGAGGAUUGGCCUAGACCAGGUAGAAAGUGGACAUGAGACUAUAUUCUAUCUCCAGUGACAUCCGCAACCUGGGAAUGAUGGAGGUCCUGAGGCCAACUCGCAGCGUUGGAAGGAGCUGAGACACACGGAGGGGUUUUGUUUGGAGGUCUGUCUACACCAACCAACUCCCGCCCUCCCGGUGGUCUCACAUUGAGCUGCUGGCCUGG